AUGGCGUUUCAGGCUCCGGCGGAUGUUUCUGUCGCUAUCAGUAUUGCUACCGAUGACUCUUCUGGGAAAACUCGCCCUGCUUUCGCGACUGAGCGUCGGGUUACACCGACAUGGACCGUUUCCCUGUUGAAGGGUAAGCUGGAAACGAUGUGUGGAAUUCCUCCUGGAAGUCAAAGGCUGCUUUUGAAGGCUCCUGGACGCGAGAAUAGAUGGAUCGAUGGCGAUGACCAGCUCGUUGGUGAUUGGGGAUUGGUCAGAGGUUGCGAGAUCGAGAUCCAUGAUUUACGGCCCCCAGCAGCCCGCCCAGAUUUCACCGAUGUCUCAUCCGUAGAAAAGUAUACGCUUCCGACAUCCACGUAUGAAUCACUCCCCAAUACGGUUCUUGCCUGGAAGAAAUCACAGAAGCUUGGCCGGUUCGAUCCCGAAACCCUUACUCCAGAAGAGAUCGCAAAGAAGCAGGCAGAAAAGGAUGCGGCUGAUAUUAAAAACCGAGGUCUCGAACUUUCAAAACGGGCAAUAAUACUACCAUCCAGCCCACCGCACAUCCGGAGAGGAACAGUUCGUUUUAUUGGGCCUGUUCCCACAAUACCUUCUGGAAAUCCCAAAGCAGCUGAAGACCCGGAGAUCCCAGCGCCGCUAUGGGUUGGCAUCGAACUGGAUGAACCCAUGGGAAAGAAUGACGGCAGCGUGGGAGGGAGGAAAUAUUUCACCUGCCCGGAUAAAUGUGGAGUAUUUGUAAAGCCUGAAAAGGUGGAAGUAGGCGACUUUCCUCCAUUGGGACUGGAUUUGGACGAGGAUAUGGAGGAGCUUUGA